GACGUAUACACACAAUACAUACACCACCAGCCGUCCGGUCGGCCAGCAGUGUAGCCAACCAGCCAGCUGGUCGGCCGAUCCGAUGGCCGGACGUCCAAAACGUCUAUUCACACCAUACAGACACAAACAAGACGCACGCAGAGAGCCAGGGAUAGCGAGAUGAUCUGAUCUGUGGAACCUAGACAUGCCCGCACGGAAAAAUCGCAGCAGAAGCAGAAGAACUGGCUCAAGCGCAUUCAUCCGUCCCAUAUAUUCAGUCCGCUAUGUCAGGCGUCCAUGCCAUGUGUGUGUACGCCAGACAGGCAGACACACAGUGGUAUGUAGUGUACACAGCAGCAGCAGCAGAAGCCUGGCCGGCGUCAGGUUUAAUUUGGCGCUGCUGCACUGUUGGACGACUCGCCGCUCAGCAGAGAACGGCUCUCGAGGGGCGUCUGCACAGACGCACACACACAUGGGAUUACAGACAGAUCUCCCUCCCCCCUCCCCCAACACACAGACGCGUAACGUACCAUUUCCAUCAUGCCAAAUUCGAGGUCGUGUUUGCGAUGGUCGCCGCCGCCAUUCCUCAUCCCCCACGGCCACCGCAGCCACCCUCCGCCCCCUCCCACCGUGUGAUGGUGAUAGCCUGCGAUGUCCUUUGGCGGCGAUGGCGGCCGCGGCUGGCUGCUAUCGGGCGUGACGCCACACAUGAGCCACUCGAGACCCUCCAGCAGGCCCUCGCCUGUCAUGACGCUGCACGGCACCACCCGCCACCUGCAGGCACGCAGGCCGACACACAGAGAGCAGGGAUGGCAUGGCAUGUCAUGUGUUUGUCAACUGAUGGUUGUGUUGUGUGUGGGGGGCUCGGCUCUGACCUGGCUGCUAGUUCUCUGGGCAGAUCUAGAUUGUACUCCACCUCGCUGCGCGUCAUCGCCACAGGCAGGUCCUGACACACAUAAAUAAGAGGCCACACAGGCACACACACACACACACACACAUACACAGACAGAGAGAGAGAUAGAAACCGUGUUUGGGAUGAUUGGUUGGCCGUCCCGUCCCCGCUCGCCCACCUGUUUGUUAGCGUACACGAGGAACUUUGCCUGGUUGACGGCAAAGUGCUCCUCAUACAUAAGCGCCAGCAGCUCCUCGCGAGCCUGAUGACCACAAACCACACACCACCGCGAUUCUUACACAGACGCAGGUGUGUGUGUGUGUGUGUUCGUCUGUGUGUGUGUUUACCGUAUUGAUCCGCCGUCGGUCGGCAGAGUCGAUCACGAAGACGACGUAGUCAGUCGCCUAACACGAGUCGACACACGGGGAGGGAGAUGGGAUGGGUGUGACCAGCCAGUGAUAAUCACUCACUGACUGUGCUCAGCUGGGCAGUUUGUCGGCUCGCUCGGCUCACCAGGUGGUAUUCUCUCCAGAGGGGCCUCACAGGGUCCCGAUACCCGACGUCAUAAAACGUGAGAUUCCACGCCUCCCCUGCACACGCACACAAACACACACACAAGCGUGUGAGCUCCGUGUGUGCGAUGUCCCCCCUCCCUCCCUCCAUCCCUCAGUCCCUUCCUCAGUCCCUCCCUCAGUCCCCUCGGUGCACUCACUCCUUUGUUUGCCCCUCAGAGUGACGCUGAAGGUCUCGAUAUUCACAUCCGCCGUGGGCACCUACAGACACAAUCAAGCCAGCCAGCCACAUCAGAGGACACCACACCCACCACCCACCACACGCGCUUACCGUCGAGAUGACAUUGCCCAGUUUGAGUCUGAAGAGGAGUGCGGUUUUGCCGCUGCCGUCCAGCCCGUAGAUCAGCAGCCGCUUGCGUCUGGUGUAGACGCUCCGCCACAGGAAUCGCGUGAAGAAGCACCCCAUGCCACUGAGUCCCCAGUGGCCAGUGGUGGAAGUGGCGGCGAGGCCAACCGCCCGCUGCUCCUCGCGGUCACACCAGCGGGUGUCGUACAGCGGGCCCAACGACGACGGCGCCUUGAACGGCCAGCGACGGGCAGACGAAGAUGAGGGACGCUCCCUGCGGACAGAUAGACAGACUCUCGGAUCUGCAAGGCGCUCCCUGCUUGUCUGUCUGUGUGUUUGUCGUGUUGUGCGGCUGUGCGGUUGUGUUGUUCGUUUGCGUACAGCCUGACUGACCUGAGGAGCGUCGAGGCGCGAAGAUCCACGCUUGCUGCGGAAGCUUCUUCGGAGGCCAGGCGGCGCCGACCUCCUCCCACACACACGAUGCGCAGCAAGUUGUAUUGCCUUUGUGUGUUUGAUGAGGAUGCAGGAUUUCUGAGGGUUUUUGAACCCUACGCCCAU